ACCGUUUCCUCCUCGUGUAGUUUCUUCUUCUCCACCGCGCUGCAGAUCUUCCGCCGCCAAGCCGACCGCAGCCGGGGCCUCGAUCCCCUCGCCGGAAUCCAGCGGAGACACUGAAUUUCGGAAUUUAAAGCCAUGGGUUCAGUUGUGGAUGCUCCAGCGGUUGUGGUGGAGGAGGGGGUUGCUGAGAAUAUGUUGGGUGGUAAGAAAGUUACAGUUGUAUUUGUUCUAGGUGGUCCUGGAAGUGGAAAAGGAACACAGUGUGCCAACAUUGUCGAGCAUUUUGGAUUCACCCAUCUAAGCGCUGGAGACCUUUUGCGUGCAGAGAUAAAAUCUGGUUCUGAGAAUGGAACUAUGAUUGAGAACAUGAUAAAGGAGGGAAAGAUUGUUCCUUCAGAGGUUACUAUAAAGCUCUUGCAGGAAGCCAUGAUAAAAAAUGAGAACGAUAAGUUCCUAAUAGACGGGUUUCCAAGGAAUGAAGAGAAUCGUGCUGCCUUCGAGAAUGUUACAAAAAUUUCUCCUGCAUUUGUGCUAUUCUUUGACUGUUCUGAAGAAGAGAUGGAAAGACGUCUUUUGGGACGCAAUCAGGGUAGAGUUGAUGACAACAUUGAGACUAUCAGGAAAAGAUUCAAGGUUUUUGUUGAAUCGAGUUUGCCUGUUAUUGAGCAUUACAAUGCGAAAGACAAAGUUAAAAAGAUUGAUGCUGCAAAACCAAUUGCUCAAGUGUUUGAAGAUGUCAAAGCCAUUUUUGCCCCAUAUGCUAAGGCUGCAUAGAGAGAUAGAAAGGACCACAGAGGUGAUAAUGUUGGCGUGCUUUUGGAAAAGGCUUUGCUCGAGUGUGACUGCAUAUCUGUGAUUAUGAACCCUUAAAUAUAGAAAGGUUUUUUUUUGUGGCUCACAUGAGCUACCUGAAUUUAUGUAGGCAAUUCGAUUUGUUACCAUCAAUAAGUAUAAAUCCGAGUCUCACUGCCCCCAUGGUGUAACAUUUUCCAUUUUCGUGUAUCCUUUAUAAUGUUGUACUGUUGUAUAAUUUGCCUCGUGGAUGAUCAGACAUUAUCCCCUCCCACCAGCUAAUGCCAUUGCAAGAGGGGAUUAAAGCAUCUGUAACUGUCACAUUCUUUCACAAGCAAUUUGUUAUUUGUCCUUUUUGAUCC